ACACACACAGACACACACAGGUAAGCACAAAGUAUAACAAAAAAUAUGGAACCGACGACGACAAGAGCUCAGACUGGUCGCCCACUUGCUACCGUGCUCGUUCGCAUCCCUCACUUGACUUUUGCACGGAUUCCAACCCACCUGAACACUUCACCAAAAUCAAAUCAAAAUGAGGAUCUUUCUAUUCGUAGCUGUCGCUCUCAUUCCCCUCGUCGCAGGUCGUGAUACCGGAGUCGCCCGGCAAUCAUCUCCCUAUCAAGACUUGAGCUCUUGCCCGGAGGAUUACGGACUCCAGACGUACGCCCACCCGAAGAACUGCGACCAAUUUUACAAGUGCGCCAACGGCACGCUCACGCUGGAAACCUGUGAGAAUGGACUGCUCUUCGAUGGCGCUGGAUCCGUCCACAACUUUUGCAAUUACCACUGGGCCACCAACUGCGGCGAUCGUCUCUUUGAAUUGACUCCGGAUCCGGCCAGAAAUCCAGAGUCCGUCUGCGAAUACUCUUUCGGUCUCUUCAAGCCGACGGCCGCCGAUUGCGACAUUUUCUACUACCGAUGCGCCUACGGCGAGGCCGAAGAAGUCGCCUGCGACAAGGGCCUGGCUUACGACGACCGCUCUCAUUCCUGCAACUGGCCCGAUCUCCUCCUCGACAUUGGUUGCGAUCCUGAAAAGGUCGUCGGAUUCCGCUGCCCGGAUGUGUCCAGCCUUCCACCCAACUCGCUCGUCCGCCAGUUCCUUCCUUUCCCCCGUUACGCCGUUCCCAAUGAUUGCGGUCGACUCGUGACCUGCGUCAACGAUUACCCGCGCCUCAUCAGCUGCGGAUACGGCAGCGCUUUCAACGAGGACACGCUCACUUGCGACGAUGCCGAGAACGUUCCUCAGUGCGCCAAUUACUACAAGGAGUAAUUGAAUAACGACGGAUAUAAGAUAAAGGCCUUUAUCCAUUCUAGAAGAUCGGCCUUCACAUCUUUUGAAAAUAUCAAGAAGCUCCUCUACUUAAUAAUUGUUUUGGCACGAAAUAAUUGUGCUGGGGCACAGCUUUUGUGCAGAUCGUUUUCUAUCUCUCUUUAACUCCGCAUUUAGAGACACACUCUUGGCAACUCUGAUGUGACCAUUUUGAUUGGCAAAUCUAAUUCGAAUGAUGCUUUCACUUCUCUCAAUGUUUCUAUCCAUUUAAAAAAAAUUGAUGGGCUAAUCAAAUCGAUUUCGAUUGACGCCUCCUUUUGAAAAAAUUCUGGGUGUUUUCUACGCGUAUGUACAGCUUUGUGCGUUUCUUUUCUGCCUUCUGUCAACUUUCCUUACAUUUUUUUUUUAAUUUUUUUUACAAAAUAAGACGAUAAAAGAAAAAUGGUAUCUA